AUGAAUGACGUCUUCGUGCCACGCCUUACAAAGCCUGGCUUCUACAAGAUUUUUGGUCGUACAGACAACCAGAUUACGCGCAGUACUGGCGAGAAGACGGACCCCGAUCUGCUUAAGGCAGUCCUCAACCAAGGCUCGCACAUCAAAUGCGCUGUUGUGUUUGGCAGAGGAAAGUUCAACAUGGGUGUCGUCAUCGACCCAGCACCCGAGUUCGUCUUCAACCCUGCAGACAAAGAGAAGCUCAAUGAGUUCUAG